GUUACAGUCUCAGCCGCCAAUCGACUCGAGGGAGGGACCAUGUUGACAUAAGGAGUAGAAUCGUUUGUUUGGAGCGGCACAACCAUGGACAAGACUGCCGUGGUAAAAGUCGGUGCAGCGGCCAGUGCCAGUGUAUGUGCCCUGUUCGGAGGUGUGGUUCUCGCCCAGUACAUGUUCGCCAAGAAGAAGAGAGCGGGAAAGAAAACAAAGAUCAUCGAGAUGAUGCCAGAGUUUGAGAAGAACACGGUCCACAUGAGGGAUCCAGAGCGGGUGGAGCAGAUCAUCUGUGGCAUGAUCAAGGGUGGCGCCUCCAAACUACAGGUCAUCACUGACUUUGACAUGACGUUAAGCCGGUUCGCAGUCAAUGGCAAACGCUGCCCCACGUGUCAUGAUAUCAUUGACAACUGCAAGCUUGUCACCGAAGAUUGUAGGACGAAGUUACUGGAGCUUAAGAACACAUAUUACCCCAUAGAGAUUGACCCCCAUCUAACGAUGGAGGAGAAGUAUCCAUUUAUGGUAGAAUGGUAUUUUAAGUCCCACACAUUACUGGUGGAGCAGAGGCUGCAGAAGGACAAACUCUCAGAAGUGGUGAGAGACUCAGACGCCUGCCUGAGGGAGGGUUAUGAGCCGUUCUUUGACCGGCUCCAGCAUCACAACGUGCCCGUGUUAAUCUUCUCAGCGGGUCUGGGAGACGUUCUGGAGGAGAUCAUCCACCAGGCGGGGGUCUACCACCCCAACGUCAAGGUGGUGUCCAACUUCAUGGACUUCGACGAGAAUGGUGAGCUGAGGGGCUUCAAGGGAGAGCUGAUCCAUGUGUUCAACAAGCACGACGGCGCCCUGCGCAACACAGAGUACUUCAAACAGGUGAAGGACAACUGCAACAUCGUGCUGCUGGGAGACUCAUUAGGCGACCUCAACAUGGCUGACGGCGUGCCCAAUGUGGAGAACAUCCUCAAGAUCGGCUUCCUCAACGACAAGGUGGAGGAUCGUUUGGAGAAAUAUCUGGACUCUUAUGACAUCGUCCUGGUAAAGGACGAGACUUUAGAUGUGCCCAAUUCCAUCCUUCAGAAGAUUAUAUAACCCCCACCCCCCACACACACUUCAUACUGACACACUUCCCCAAACCCAUGGAAAAUGAACCAACCUCUGGACCCCCAAGACGGAUGUUACUGCCCCUCCCGCCACUGACUCACAGCCUCUCGACAUACACUAGCUUUAUAUUCUCCUCUCAAUGAACUAUUUUAAAGUACACAGCCUCAGUCUUUGUCUGUCUGCAACCUUGUCGACGUCCUCCACUCCAUAACAAUAAUUUGCACGUUAUUGUUAUUCAUAAUAUUUUUUUAUAUUGUAAUGCUUGUAUCAGUUUGCAAAUCAUAAACUGAGCAUCCACACAAGAACACAGCAACGUCUUUUGAAACGGUCCUAGCAUGCAUUUCACCACAAUCACCUCAUUGCAUUCUGCAACAGUUUGGCUUCAGGAAUCAAUGUAGGUCUGAAAAAAUAACUUGAACCUGUCUAUGGGUGAACAAUACUCAGACAUUGGUAUGAAUAACAUCAGUCGUUUUAUGGAUGUAGUAAUGGAUUCUGUCUUGCAGAAGAAAAGCCAUGUAUACACCUCAUCAGUGUUCACAUGGGGACUUUGCUACCACAGCCACACUGCAAAGUAGCACAUUAUUUUAUAGGAGUACUAACACUGCACAUUUUCUGUGCCAUUUAAAUAGACUGCAUGGUUGUUGUAGAUACCCUAUGGUGCUUAUAUCAAGAAAUUAAACAAUUGUCAAUGGUUGAGAUAACAGUAGUAACCAGUGGUGCUAAGGUUUUUUAUAAGUUAUGGGUUACUACUGUUAGUGUAACUUACUUUACAAACAAUAUAGUGUAAAAUAAGGUGCUACCAAAAGUCAUUACACAGAGGAAAAGUAGCCUACUCAAUAGGCAGUAUAUUAUAUAUCCCAUUUAGCAGAUAUUACAAGAGAACACCCCUGGGUAAAGCACCGUUGUCUGUGGAUCAGCGACGUUCAAUAACACUUUUGUUUAACCCGGCCUUUGAUCCACGCCCAUUGACCUAUUUUUCAUUUUCUUGUUCAAAUUUGAACUCUACCUCAAGCUUGGAAAUGUUUCCUACCCCCCCCCCUUUAAAUUUCUCAGUUUUCUCUUGCACAUGUUCGAUGUUUAUUUUAUAUCUUAGCAUUUUAAAUGUGCUGCUACUCCUGCACGUUGCCUUUUCUUAACUUUGAAUUUGACAGAGGGGGGGGGGGACUUGUCAAUAAAACUUGUCAAAUAACAUGUUGUUUUUUUUGUUCAACUGUACAAUCAAAGUUGUGUGGGGAUUGUGGUUGAAACCAAGCUGUAAUGCCAAAAUAGACCUCUAGACGACGACAAAGUCCAACUACAUGUAAAGUUUUCACUGCAGUUAGUUACUAAAAGAUCCGACUGCAAAAUCCAUACAACGUGGCAUACUUGUCCUGGACUGGUUUAUUCCAUAUCCAUCUGGCUCGUUGGUCUAGGGGUAUGAUUCUCGCUUAGGGUGCGAGAGGUCCCGGGUUCAAAUCCCGGACGAGCCCAAUUUUUACUAAAAAAUACGAAACUGAAUGACUGACAAGUUUAUUGUGAUAAGAGUGUAAUAAACACAUGUGUAAAACAUUAAGGAUCUACAAUAAAUGAGUGCGUUCCAAGAUCCACAAGGCAACAGAUUAUUGAGAAAUUGGAUGCAAGUCUAUGGUUAUAAUACAGAUUUCAUUCCAAAGACCUUAUAAGAUAGGCAGUGCCAUUCAAUUGCUAUAUUAUCCUCAAAUUAGUACAGUGAAAUGCCUUUCUUGCAAACUCAAAACCCAAUAAUGUAAUACUAGAAGAAAAACACGAGAAAUAAAAAAUAUGCCGCAAACGUGUGUGU